AUGUCAGAUGAUGUCACAAAUACAGUACAUUUUGACGACACACCAUUUGAGGAUGUUUUUGAAAUUGAGGAAGAAUUAGGAAGUGGUCAAUUUGCUGUUGUUCGAAGAGUUCGAGAAAAAUCAAGUGGUGAAAAGUUUGCAGCAAAAUUUAUUAAAAAACGAAGAUAUGCGACAUCUCGAAGAGGAGUAACAAGACAAAAUAUUGAAAGAGAAGUUCGAGUUCUUCAAAAAAUUCGAGGAAAUCCAAAUGUUGUUGAAUUACAUUCUGUUUAUGAAACUGCAAGUGAUGUUAUCAUUGUUUUAGAAUUGUAAGUUUCAAAGAGAUCGAAAAACAUUAUGAAAUAAAAUUAAAAUUUCAGAGUUUCUGGUGGUGAAUUAUUCGAUCAUGUUUGCGCCAAAGAAUGUCUCGAUGAAGUUGAAGCUGCCGCAUUUAUCAAACAAAUUCUUCUUGCCGUAAAACAUCUUCAUUCUCUUCAUAUUGUACAUUUAGAUAUCAAACCAGAAAAUGUGAUGCUUAAAAAAUCGGGUGAAACACAAAUCAAAAUUAUUGAUUUUGGUCUUUCAAGGGAAGUUGCUCCAGGAGCAACAGUAAAAGAUAUGGUUGGAACACCAGAAUUUGUUGGUAAGAGACACUCAAUUUUCAGAAAUAAGUAUAUAUAAUGAAAAUUUUCAGCACCGGAAGUAGUAAACUAUGAACCAUUAUCGAGUGCAACAGAUAUGUGGGCAGUUGGAGUUGUAACUUAUAUUCUACUAUCUGGUGGUUCGCCAUUUCUUGGUGAUAAUCGAGAUCAAACAUUUAGUAAUAUAACAAGAGUUCGUUAUCAUUUUGGAGAUCGAUAUUUUCAAAAUACAUCGAAACAGGCAAAAGAUUUCAUUUCUCGUCUUUUUGUUCGAGAUGUAGAUCAAAGAGCAACUGUUGAGGAAUGUUUACAACAUCCAUGGAUUCGUGGACCGGAAGGAAAUGCAAUUGAUGUUAGAAAAGCAUCUUGUAUUACAAUUUCACAUAUUUUAUCAUUCAAAACAAGGCAAAGGUGGAAGGUUUGUAGAAAAAAAUAUAACGCAUCGAAAAAUGCUAACCAGCUCUUUAUGACUCUUCAAACCUUUUUCGGAGAAAAAUUAAGCCCAUUUUAAUUUUCAGCGAAUUCUGGAACUUGUAACUGUUUUAAUGCGAGCAUCAAAACAUUCACGAGAAAUCGAAGAUGGUCGAUUUGACGAAGAUGAUUUGCUAAUAUCAAGUACAAUUAUAUGUGCAGAAGAAGGAAAUCUUCGAGCUCUUCACAAAUUAUCAGCUCUUCAUCGAUUAUUUCCAAAUGCAACAAAAAGAAAAGGUUAUCCAAUUGGAAAUACAGCAAUGCAUGGAUCAGCAAAAUAUGGACAUGCCGAAAUAUUUAAUUAUUUGCAUAUGAAAGGAGGAAAUAUUUGUGCAAGAGAUGAUAAUGGUAUUUAUUUAUUUAUUUGAUUAUUCUCUUAAUUAUUUCAAAACUAAUCAUAUUUUUCCGCUCAGGUGAUACACCAAUGCAUAUUGCUUGCCGAUAUUCUCAACAUAGUGUUGCUGCUUAUUUAUCAAAUGAAAAAAUCGAUAUUGAUUCAAUCAAUAAACGGGGUGAAACAGCAUUACAUUGUGCUGUGGAAUCAGCGGAUACAAGAGUUGUUAAAUUAUUGAUUGCUUUGCGACCAAGGCUAGAUAUUCCAAAUGCAGUGAGUUUAACGAUAAAACUUGAAAGUAGAAACAAUCUGUCAACAAUGUUAUGUCUUCCGGUUUAUAACUGACUCCAAACAGUUUUAUUUGCUUUUCUAAAGUUUACUUUGUAAAAAAAACUCUUUCUACGAAAUGAACUACCGACUUCAACAUUUCAAAAAUAGAAAGUUUACGUUUUGUAAAAUUCAAGAUUUCUUGUUUUUACAACAAUAAACAAUUCGGAAUUCUAACCCAGAUUUUGGAACCUCCAGUGGUCUCUUAUUCUUUUUUUCAGCAAUUUGCCACGUGGCAUUUCAUAUUUCAUUUCAAGAAAAAGUUCACGUUGAAAUGUUUUUUUUUUUGAAACUUCUAACCGGUCUCAAAUUGAGAACUUACUUCCAGUCAAAAAUGUUUUAGCUUCUUGAAAUUUCAAUUUUCUAUAAUUACUGGAAAAUUGGCGAGUUCUAGAAAAUCUUAAAUUCUUUUCAGACUGGUGAUACCGUAAUCCAUUUGGCUGCUGACAGCAUAAAUCCUCGAAUUCUUCCACUUCUUAUGUGUAUGAAUCCACCGCUUCAUCUACGAAACAUUGUGAGUUUUUAUUUUUACACGUGCGAAAAAAUGAAACAAAACGUGUACACUUUUCUCACUGCGGACUUGGCAGAAAAAAAGGGGCGUGUCAUGUACCUUUUAGCUACCUGUAAUUACGUGAUUGGCUGGGAUGGGUGAAAUCGGUCUUUUUUUUCGAAAUGAGUGACACGUUUCACUGACGUGGCAACGGUCCGCAAUCACAAAUUUUGUUUAUUUUUUUCGCCCGUGUUUUUAUCUCGAAGAAAAAACACAUUAUUUUUCUCUUCUCUUUUUCAAACAAACUCAUUACUUAUUCAUUGAAAAAUCCGGCGGUCAAAAUUGGGUGAAAAAAAAGAGGACACCAUCAAAUUUGUUUUCCCUCGAGAAAUAUUUUGUAUGAUUUAUAUGUAUUUUUAUGUGCGGCAAAAAUCGAAACGAAAAUUGUUUGGUUUGAGUCUGUCUGUUUUUUAGUAUCUAUGUUCAAAAAUAAUCGGCUAAAAAUAUAUGAAAUCCGUUAUUUUUUAGAUUUGGAAAUUUAUGUUCAAACUCUGAUCUUCAUAAUUUUCUCUAUUCCUCUUUUAGUAUCGCAAGUGUUCGAUCAAAAGUCGUUCAAAAGAAUUUUAAACGAUAAUUUUUUCAGUUUUUUGCAACAUAAUUUUUCUUAUCUUAAUAUGAAUCACCUUCUUCUACUUAAAUACGAGUUUUCAUCCAACCUAAUUCGAAUUUCGACAAUUUUACACAUAUCUUUAAAUAGAAAGCUUGGAUCUCAAGCUCCUCCCCUUUUUUCCAAAAAUUUCAUAAUCCGUCAUCGCCUCUUUUUCUCUGUGUUCUCUCAAUUUUUUCUAGCUUUGUUGUUCAUUUCGAUUUUCCUCUCUUUUUCUUUCCCUAACAACCAGGUGUACUACUAUCCCAACCACCACAAUUAUUAUUAUUAUUAAUAUUAUUAUUUAUUGCAAUUCAUCCAAAAAUAUAUUGAUUCAUUUUUUCGCACCUCCUCAAUUCAAAAAUUUAUCGUCAAAUGAGUUUAAAUGACGAAGAGGAGGUUACUGUAGCCUCCUCUUCAUCUCCUGAAUUAUCUGAAUCUGAAACAGAAACUGAUUCGGAUUCUGAAACUGGAACAAUUGUAGUUCCUGGAAGUGUUAUGGCAACUUAUUUAGCUGAUCCUCUUAUUUCGUCUAGUUUUAUGAGUCCAAGACCAAGAGCUGCUGAUUUCGUUUAUCCGGGACAUGAUAAAUAUUCAAAAUUAGGAAGUGUUGGGGCAUAUUCUUCAACUAGUGCAUUUAUUCAAUUAUUAAAUGAUGUUUCUGAAUUUCAAGAAUGUGAUUGUUCGGUAAGACAAAAAAUGUUCAUUGAUGUCCAAAAAACAGUUGUGUAAAUGUGUCAAAUUUCAAAAAUAGUGUCACUUUCCUUUCCUUUUUUCAAAAAUGUCUUUCAGCGAGAUGAAACACCUCUUCAUAUUGCUUGUGCACGUGGACAUAUUGACUGUGUUCAAUCAUUAAUUGAACAUAAUGUUCCAAUUGAUGCAAUUGAUCAAGAUGGAAAAACUGCAUUAAUUGUUUCUUUGGAAAAUUCGAAUAUUGAGAUAGCAAGUAUGUUAAUAACAAAUGGAUGUGAUAUAAAUCAUGCUGAUUUGGUAAGUGGAAUAUAACAAAUAUAAUUUUAUGAAGUAAAACAAAUAAUAUUUCAGCAAGGAAAUACAGCUCUUCAUAUUUCAUCUCGUCAAGGACUUCUUUCUGCAGUUCAAACUCUUUGUCAUUGUGCAGUCAAAAUUGAUAGCAUAAAUAAAUCAGGAAUGUCUCCUUUACAUUUAGCUGCCCAUCAAGGACAAGUUGAUAUUAUUCGAAUUCUUUGUUUGGCUCGUGCUGAUGUAACAAAAAAGACAAACGAAGGUUUAACACCCGAACUUAUUGCUUUAGCACAAGAACACACAUCUGCUGCCAAUUUAUUGGCAAAAGUCAGAAUGGUGAGUAUAAUUAAUUUGUGUAACAGUUGGUGAGACUCGACUCAAAAAAACCAUGAAUUUUUUAUAAAGUGUCUUGAAUUUUCGAAAUGUUUACCUUUUUGGUGAAUAAUAUAAAUGAAUUGCGAAAUGUGUUUCGGAAGUUGUGAACUUCCGGAUUAUUCAAAAUUUUAUGAAUUUGCACUUUCUAAAAAUUAAAGAGUUCAAACAACAUGUUUUUCAGCAAGAAGUUCGAGAUGAAUUUGUUGCACAACUUUAUCCAUUGGAUACUUCUCUUCGACGAAUAAAAUUGAAAUUAUUUGGACAUUCAAUGACCGGAAAAACAAAAUUAGUUCAAACUCUUCAUUCAACACGUGGAAUUUCUUCAUUUUUUGAAUCAAUGAGUCGACGAAUCUCAGAUCAUUAUAGUCCAAGUAAUAGUAUGGGAAAAGAUGAUGGAGUUUAUUCACAAAAUGGAUCAUUUCUUUCUGAAUCAAAUAAUAAUUCAUUUGAUCCAGUUAUGACUGAAUCUUCGUCAACAUCAACAACAUCAAAAUAUAUUCCGCCACAUUCUUUGUAUACACGUGGAAUUGAUGUUCAAACUGUGCAAAUAAAUGGAUGCGGAGAAUUUUCGGUUUGGGAAUUUGGUGGAUACGAUAUAAUGCAUACUUGUUAUGAUCAUUUUGUCGGAAAUACUGAUUGUGUUCAUUUAGUAUUAUUCCGAUCAGAUGAUCCUACUGAAAUUCAAUAUAAACAGAUUUUAUAUUGGAUGAAUUUCUUGAAAGGAAGAGUUACACCAUCUGAACCAAUCGGUUAGUUUUAAGAAAAAUAUUCUCAAAUAUUCGAAAACAAAUGAAUUUUUUAGGAAACUGUGGAAUAAGUUCUCGACGCUCAAAAGUUUUAAUAGUUGGAACACAUGCAACUUCAUCACUUUUUCCAAAUAAAAACAAUGAUGGAGAAUAUAUAUCAUCUGAUAUUGAAGCAAUGUUAUCAACAGUUCGUCUUCGAUUCGAAACUCAUUUUGAUAUGGAUCACAAACUUAUUCUUCUUGAUGCAACAAAUCCAUCGUGUAUUGGAAUGAAAUUAUUGAAGAAUGAAAUAUCAAAAUGUCGUGCAAAUAUUCUAUCAAAACUUUUGAAACCUUUGGCAAUUCUUGACACAGUAAUUGGACAUUUGAAUAUUGCAAGGAAACAACAUGCCAAUUUUCCUGUCAUAACUUGGCCACAUUUUAUGAAUUUAGUUCGGAAUGAGAUAAAUCCAUUAACUGGUGAUACACAUUGUCGACAAAUUGUACAACAACUUCAAUUGAUUGGUGAAGUUGUUUAUUUGCGAAAUGAACAAACACAAUUAGAUUAUGUUGUAUUAAAUGCUGAAUGGUUAGGAACUCAUAUUAUUGGACAACUUUUGAGUGCUGAAUUUUUGUCAAAAGCAAAACCAAAUGGAAUGUACAGUAUACCAGAUCUCACUUCGAUUUUCCCUGAAAUCACGGAACCUGGAGAUCUUAUGCAUAUUUUGGAUACUUUACAACUUUGUGCACCUCUUGAUUUGGCGGAAAGUUUUGAAUUUCCAGUUUGUAUUCAAACACCAGCUCCAGAUUCAAUUUGGUUAGCUGAUAAAUCAACAUAUGUUUAUGGAGGUGUAAGAAUAUUACCAAUGAGAGGAAUGGAAAGAUCAUUAUUAAGUACAUUUCCACGAAUUCAAGUUGCACUUCGUCGAAGUAUGAAUGAAUUUCAAGAUCCGAUGGAUGCUGAAUUAUUACAAUGGAAUGAAUGUAGUAAAAUGUCAUCGGGAUUAAAAGAAGCACUUAUUCGACUUGUUGGAGAUGCUGUUGAAAUUAAAGUUCGAGGACCACAAGAUAGAGCAACUUCCUGUUUUUAUUUCUUGGAAGAUUUGAUUAAUCUUGUUGAGCAAACAGCUUGUGAAGUUGCACCUGGAAUUGCUUUGGAAAGACAUUUUAUAAGUCCAAAACAUUUGAAGGUAAAUAUAUUUCUUGAUCUUUUCACAUCUAAUGUAUUACAUUUCAGGAACAUCGUGAUAAUCCAGCAUUAUUCUUACCAGAAGCAAUGAUGGAAAUGCAACAAAAAGAAUCUUUAUCAGUUCAAGGAACACAAGAAGAAGAAGAACUUUUCACCGAUGUUGUUUGUUUUGGUUCUCGAGAUGUUGCUCGUCUUCUUACUCUUGGAAUUGAUGUUGGAGUUGCUGAACUACAAAUGACAAGUAGAUGUGAACUUGCUUGUCUUCUUGAUCCACCACAUCAUAUGGGAAGAGAUUGGUCUAUUUUGGCAGUUAAAUUACAAUUAACUGAUCAAGUGCCUGAUGUGAGUGUUUUAUAAGAAGAAUUGUUAGAGAAUCUAAAAUCUCGAAUAUUUUCAGGUUGAUUCAACGGGUCAAAGCCUUUCUCGUACUGAUCAACUUCUAAAUGAAUGGGCAAUUCAUCAUCCCGAACAAGCGACUGUUGGAAAUCUUUGUCGAAUUCUAGUUGAACUUGGUCGAACAGAUGCACGUGAUGCAUUAUAUCGAACAGUUCCACUUUAUCUUUUUGCUCCACUUGAUGAUCAAUUUAUUGAUACAAAUGAUAGUGGAGUUGUUUCAUCUUGUCACUCUUCAAGUGAACAUCAUCAUCAUUUACUUACUUAA